AUGUCCGGACCGGUUCGGAUAGGGCAAAAUGGCAACUGGGCGACGAAAUCGAGAGUGUUGCAAAAUACUUGCAGGAGCAAGAAUCCCGAUUUGGCCAGUAGGUCAAUGAGGCUUCGCUGCGAACCCUUGGUGGGUGAUCCUAGCGCAUACCGUGGAGUAAGUCGUCCUAGUACAGUGAAAGGUCUGAUAUACCUACAAGACGGCAUGGUUGGAAGCCGAAAUGGCCAUGAGCUUCGCGCUCAGACCUCGAUUGCAGCGAAUGAGCAUUAUUCCGGGGUUGUUGGGGCGCAGCAAGUGCUGAGUUGUCUGUCCCAUCGCCAACCACUCGAUGGCAGGAAGCUAUCAAACGGGUUGGAGGGUAGACCAGGGGUUGCGGCUGCCAGGAUCAACGAGACUGCCGACAACCCAUGA